AUGGGAUGGAGCUCCUGGAAUGUGUAUCGAUGCGACAUUAACGAGACACUCUUUGUGGAAGUAGGAAAUCUUAUGGUCUCCCUUGGCCUGAAGGAUCUCGGUUACAGCUAUGUCAACAUCGAUGACUGUUGGAGUGAUAAAGAUUAUCAGCGCGAUGAUAUUACUGGGAAGAUUAGACCAGACUACAACAAGUUUCCCAAGGGCAUCAAACAUACCGCGGAUGAGAUCCACAAACUUGGGUUGAGAUUCGGGAUUUAUAGUGAUUCGGGAACAUUAACAUGUGCCGGAUACGCCGGCUCUCUUGGAAACGAAAGACUAGAUGCAGAGACGUUCGCAGAAUGGGGCGUUGAUUACUUGAAGUACGACAACUGUUUUGUCCCUCAAGAAUGGCAGGACAGAUACCGAUGGAGACCAGAUGAAUGGAUGGCUGAUCCUCCUACUGGCGAUCAAAAGGCUGGUGAUGAUGCCGAAACUGAAGUAAUUCCAGCACCCGAUGGGUACGACUGGAGGUCCUCCAAAACCUAUACUCGCUACAAGAACAUGAGAGACGCACUACUCGUUACCAAUCGUCCAAUACAGUUCUCUCAAUGUGUAUGGGGAAAUGCUCACAUUGAUCAAUGGGGCAACGAGACUGGCCACAGUUGGCGAAUGUGGGGGGACAUCGGACCUAGAUGGGAAGAGGUCCAGAAUGGAGACUGGGGUGUAAUGCCUAUUCUCAACCAUGCAUCGUUCUUUAUCAAUGGCACCGACUUUUGGGGCCAUGGCGACUGGGACAUGCUCCAAGUGGGCAAUGGCGAGCUGACCUUCCAGGAGAGCCGUACACACUUCGCGAUGUGGGCUGCUCUGAAGUCGCCUCUUAUCAUUGGAACACCCCUUCACAAUAUCAGGCCAGAGAUAUUGGAGAUUCUAAGCAACAGAGAGCUCAUUGAUUUCAACCAGGAUCCACUCGUGGGUCCCGCCGCUAAGCCAUACAAAUGGGGCGUGAACCCGGACUUUACGUGGAAUCGGACCCAUCCUGCUGAGUAUUGGAGCGGGCUCUCAUCCAAGGGCGUGCAUGUGUUCGUCAUGAACACGUUGAACACUGUGCAAACUAAAACCGUCGACUUUUCGGAGGUUCCAGAACUUGAUCCUGAUGUUGCAUACACAAUUAUCGACUCCUGGACCGGGAAAAAGCUAGGGAAGUUUGAAGGGAAAUACAAGACGACCGUUGAUGCUCACGACACCAUAGCGAUCCGUUUAGUCAAGGCAAGUCGUUAUGACUAUUCGAGAUUGCAGACGAUAUUUUGA